AUGUUCCGUAAUGACUGGCAACUGUCAAUGAAUUCGAAGACGUUCGAUGCGCUGGAUUGUUCGUUGUUUCGCAACUUCAAAGCAAUGACGAUUCUUAACUAUGCCUUUUUCGUGCUGUUCUUGACAGGGUUGAAGAUCGCGCUGUUUGUUUCGGACGUUUACACCUGCAUCAAGCUCUUGGCGUUCAAUACGUGGUCUAAUAACAUCAUUCAGCCGUACAUCCCAUUUCGAAUCAGCAAAUGGCUGUUCAGCGGAUGCAUUUUGGCGUCCGUGGUGCUGAUCUUGUGGGAAGUGGCCAACGGGAUCCGGAUCUAUCGUACCCGUAACAUCUCGCUCACGUACGUCAACAACUUUUCGCGAAGCGCGUACUCGCUCAGUCAAUACAACAAGUUUUGCGUGUACAACCGGAUCGCCCCGCAAGGAGCGUUCCAGAAAGUGGCGUUUUACACCUUCUUUGAACUUAAGGACUGUGUGCGGCUGCUGGUCACCGAUACGCCACGCCAGGUCAUCAACGGGCUCACAUUGUGGUCGGUUUUGGUGUCACGUACACACGACAAUUUGGGCCAACUCGAGAACAUCAGUGGUCUUUUGGCCAAGAUAAAGACCAUAGCGCAAACGAACCGCGAAGAAGCGGUCCUGCUGUCGUUCAUGCUGUUUUCGUUCGUGAUUUGGGCGUUUUUCAUGACCAAAUUUGUGACCGCUUGUAUCUGCUCCAUUUAUGUGUACUACAGACUUCUCAAGGACAGGAAACGCGGUCUCAAAGAAUUCGUGUGUGUCACAGUGAGCGAACAUGUCAAUCACCUUGUCGAAAAGUAUAGAGAAAAACGUUUUGGAGAGGCAGGUGCCUUGGACGACACCGCAUAUAGAAUGGACGAAAACAAGUUCACAUUUAAUGCUUCUACCACAGAUUUGUUGCCCAAACCGACCCUGGACGACGAUUUAGAAGCAGGUCAGCAAACGAGACGGCCUUCUCCAUAUGUGUCUCCCUUUGAAGGCUCAAAAACAGGUUUGACGUUCCGAAGUGAUACUUUCAUAGAUUCUGACACUUCUGGUGAGCUCCAGCAGCUACCCAACAAAUCUAGCGAGUUUUUUGGAAACACGCGCCCAGACUUGGAGAAUUCAAGCGUAUUGACGAGAAAUACAUCGACCCCACAACCGUUCAUCACAGAUUCUGCCGCGCCUCUGCUUCAAGAAUUGCAAGACGCAAAAGAGAUUCACCGCGAGCCAAAAUCGGGUAGAAUUCCUCCUCCCGACGAAAGCGAUCCAGUACAAGCACUUUCGCCGAUUGUCAACCUUGACAAUGCGAAUGUGAGGGCUGGUGCUUACAAUACGGUUUCAAAAUAUUCAAAAGUGAGCACACCAGAGAGAGCAUAUUUUGGUGAGCCAGAAAACACGUUUCCGGAGCGAAAUGCGAGUUUGUUGGACAGACGAGGCCGAAUUAAAGAUGAGGAUUACGGAUACUAUACAAAAACAGGCGAGUGA